AUGUUGUCUUUUUUCCAGUUGUCUAGGUUGGUCCGCCUAUCUCGGAUUCUGUUGCUCGGCCUGUUGUUGCUCGAGGACUCGCGAGUUGGCCCCUCCUUUGGCAAGCUUUCUCCUCUCCUCAACCGUGUCUUCAAGCCGAAGACCACAACCGGCCCUCCUGGACUCUCUGCUUUCCAUCGUAUACCAUACAACCUGGUGACAGCGCCAGCAAAUAGUUUCGACUUUCUACGAGUUGACGACUAUUGGCGUGAGCUACAACGCGACUCGGAAUCAAGUGAGUUGGACAGGGAUUGGGUGUUAGCUCUUUGUGAGAGGAUGGCUGACAUGUUGCUUCGGGCUGGUUAA